AUGGCUAUCAAAGAUUAUUUUCAUUAUUUGGCGAUCGGUACGACAAUAUUUAGUUCGAUGACAGUUAUUUUAUUACUAUUUGCUAUUCCAACAAUUUAUAUGAAAGCUGAAAGAGAACGAUUAUAUGCUAUUAAAAAAUCAGAAAAUUUUAAAGAGAAAUUAAAUAAAAUAUGGACAGAAAUGAAAUCGGUACAAGAAGUUGGUGUAUCGGCGAUUCUUCGAAAACGUCGUUCACAACUACACAUUUUUGGUAGCAGUAAACAGACGGUAUGCGCAGGAUGUAUACAACUUGGAUGCCCUAUGGGUCCAUCUGGUUUAAGUGGACCUCCUGGCGAAGAUGGCAUACCAGGUAUGGCAGGUAAUCCAGGAUUAGCAGGCGAUGAUGGUUAUGAUGUGGAGCUUACACCGGAAGAAGAGUUACCAUGUUCAAUUUGUCCUGCUGGACCACCUGGUCAGAGAGGAUUGCAAGGUGAACGUGGACAGCUCGGAGAAUCUGGUCGUAGCGGAGAGUCAGGCCCACCGGGUGUACCAGGAGAACAUGGACCACCAGGUGAGCCUGGUUUACCAGGACCACCUGGUCUCAAAGGUCCUGUUGGCUUUCCAGGACCAUCUGGUGAAACGGUCAUAUCUGGUACUGGAAUUAAGGGACCAAAAGGUCCAGUUGGUCCUCCUGGACCAAAAGGACCUAUCGGACCACGAGGUAAACCAGCUAAAGAAUCUGGUUUCGCCGGAAAACCCGGUACUAUUGGUCCUAUUGGACCACCAGGACGAUACGGAAAGAAUGGUGAAGAAGGACCAUGGGGACCACCUGGUGAACCAGGUCAACCAGCAACGUAUUGCCCAUCUGAUUGUGGUGUAUCGCAAAUAUUCGCAGCACCAAUAUCUAAUGAUUUUCUACCAACUAAUUAA